AAAAAAAAAAGUUAAAUUGCAUAUUAAAUGGGCUGGCCGGAUUGUUUUUUUAUUGGCUUUCUUUAUACCAAAAGAUCUGCCCAAAGACGACAAAUGUAUUCUCUGAAGAAUCUGGCCUUUUGCUUUCUACGUUCUUAAAUUAAUAAUAAUCGAUUCCAUGACUAGUAUUCGGCCUUGUGUCUUCUUGCAAGUUAGUCACGGUCCUUGAAAUUGCCGGCCUAAAUUCCACAUGGCAUUCCCUGUUGCAUGCAUUACAUUACAUAUAUCGGCACAUUGCUGCUUCCGCCAUUCAUCUCUAUUCCUAUAACAAUCAGUACCUCUAUAGGAAAGAAAAAGCAGGUGACUCCAAAUUAAAUCAACGAAAACUAUGAAAGGUAGUGAGUUUUCAUUGAAUGGACGAAAGGACAGAGAUGAGGACCUCCUCCUAUUCAAGGAGUUGCAUAAACGUGAAAAAGACCGUCUUGUCAGCCUCCUUCAGCCCGUCUCUGAUGAAUUUGAGCCCAGCAGCGGGAAUUGUGUACUCUACAAAAUUGCAUCUUCGAAGAAAGGAUCUGGAUAUGAAUUAUUUGGUGAAAAGGGCAAAAAUGAUUAUGAUUGGUUAAAAACACCGCCAGCUACUCCUUUGUUUCCUUCCCUGGAAAUGGAAGCAAAUGCCCCACAACUAGUGGUUCAACGAGAGAUAUCCAUUGUCCAACCUCUUUCACGGUUUGCAGACAAUACAAAGUCGUUGAAGGGUAGUAUUGAAACACCAAAAUCUCCAAAUUCAAAACCAAAUAUCCCUUUGAGAUCUGUGACCCCAGCGAGCCGAAGAUCCAGCAUCUCAUCAACUGAAACCAGGAAUGUCAAAGUGACAUCUUUGCUUUUGAACCAAAAAAAGGCCCAAUCAACUGCCGAUCGGAAUAAAAGGACAAAUAUGGCCACCAACACACCAAAAUCCACCAACCAAAAAGAAACUCAAACCAAUUUAUUGGCCAAGAAUAUCACACUCUCAGCCACAGGACCUGAUUCUAAUAAAACCAAGCCUUUUAGUAGAGGCCGUGUUUCACCUUUAAGGUCAAUAGUUCCAAAUCAAAUUCCAGGAUUUUCCAACGACACACCUCCCAAUUUAAGGACAGAUCGUGCAACUUCUGCUACCCGAGGCCGACUUGUAGUAAGCAACUUAACACUAACACUAUCCGUACAUCAAAAACCAGAGCCCACUCUAAGGUCAAGGAGGCAAUCCUGCUCACCGAGUGUGAUGAGGGGUCGAAAAGAAAGUGAAGGAAAGUUUAUUACCCAGAAAGGUAAAACUGAAACAGGAAAUAAUAACGGAACUCAAAUUGUUGGAAGUAGAAUAGUGGAGAAGGUAAUGAAUAUUAGAAAAUUGAUCGUAGAAGAAAGAGAGGCAAAGGCGCCAAAGCCUCAAACUGCUCCCGCUGCUAUUACGAGUAAUGGAAGUAGCAGUGGUUUUGGAAGGAUAAUUUCUAAGACUUCGGGCGAAAUGGCUCACAAGCAUAUGGUAUGAUUCUUUCUAUCAAAUAUCUUUUAGUAGUUGUGUGUUUUCGUUCCUUCGUUCCUAUGUCUUUCACUGUGUCUCGAAAGUCCCAAGAAUAAAAAGUCUUUACCAUUUUAUUCUUGAAAAAAAAAAAGCUUUAUUAUUUUA